AUGAAAAUUGUAAAUUUAACAUCGGGUAAAUUAUCAACUAGAUUGGCACAAAAAGGUACUAAAGGGUCACUUCAUUGUGUGCCAUCAGAUGUACAAGUUACUGUAACUGCAUUAUCUCGUCCAGUUGAUAAAUCUAUGAUGGUGCGAUUACAAUUGAAACGUCGACUAAAUGAGUCAAUAAUUGAAUCAAUGGAUGUUGAUACCAAUGAAGAAGAAAAUUUACUUGAAGAAACAGAAAUAUCUGAUAAAAAUCGUUUGAAAGCAUUAGCAUUAUAUGACAUUGAAAAUAAUACUAAUAGUGAUGAAGAAUUAGAUGAAGAUAAUAAAGAUAUUCGUACUAAAUAUAAUAUUGGUACAGAUUCAUGUGCUCAGCCAUGUGAUUUUAAUGAUUUUUUUAGUCUUUGA